GUACUUCUGCUGUAAUCAUGAAAAAAGUUGCUUAUUUUGAAACUUUCUUGUUAUCAGAAACAGAAGAUAUUAUUUAUAGGUUGAAAAUAACCUGCCAUUCAUUUUUACGUUAUGUUCUGUUUUUACGUUAUGUUCUUUAAUAAUAAUAAAGAAACGGACGGUGUCGAUGAUGUAUGACGUCUUAACAUUUUAGUUUAAUAUAAUUUACUUAGUGUGUUAUUUUAAACUGUGUUUUAUUUACUUAAAUUGUGUUAUCUUGCAACCUCGUUAGAAGUUUAUUUUAUUUAUUGAUUUAUUGAAUACACGCUAGUUACCUGACGCCUAAUAGUGUUAUGUAAACUUAAUUUAUUUUCCUAAGCAAAUAUUGUAAUUAACCAUAAAUUUCCAGUGUAGACGUUUGCUGUCAUAAGUUGUAUCCUGGUGUGAUGACGCAUGCUGCUCUAUCUUAACGUUGUCAUUAUCCUUCAUAAAGACCACACAGCUGAUGUCACGCAGACUGUAUGCGCCUAACAUCGGGCUCAUUAUCAAUUUCCUUUUUUCUUUUAUUGUGAUCUGAAUCUUGAACAUAACCUACUGAUAUGCCUGAUGAACACUAAUCCAUCUUCUGCUUGAUGUAGCCAGGUAUUCUUUUUGUCUUUCUGUCUGUGAUCUAAAUAGUCCCUCUCAGGUGAUUGUCUCUACCCAUAGAGCUCGUGAUGAAAGCUCUCGGUGCACGCUCCGCGUUUUACGUGGGCUUUGUGGUAGGCACGUGCACCCUGUACGUGCUCCUGCGUCAGAUUGGAUUCACACGGGACUUGGGGUCUGGUCAGUCCGAGGUCUACGAGAAAAGCCUACUGGAGAUGGUUGAAGAAGAAAACAAGAACUGGAAGAAGGAGAGGUUGGCUCUCUUCAACCUUAAUCAUCCUCACCAUACAGGUGAGGAUAGCACACUGGCUGACACUCUCUUUAAGCAUGUACGCAUUUUGUGUUGGGUCAUGACCAGCCCUAAUAACCUUGAGAAGAAAGCACAGCAUGUGAAAGCCACAUGGAGUCGCCACUGCAACAUUGUGGUCUUCAUAAGCUCUGUGGACAACCCUGAUUUUCCCACGGUCGGUCUAAAGACCAAGGAAGGUCGGGAUCAGCUCUACUGGAAAACCAUUCGUGCUUUCCACUACGUCAUGGAGAAGUACGGGGACGAGGCAGACUGGUUCCUCAAAGCGGAUGACGACACUUACGUGAUCGUCGACAACCUGCGCUGGAUUCUGGCCAGCCACUCUCCAGAGGAUCCAGUGUAUUUUGGCCGGCGGUUUAAGCCAUUCGCAAAACAGGGUUACAUGAGUGGUGGCGCAGGUUACGUGCUGAGCAAAGAGGCUCUGAGGAGAUUUGUGGAAGGAUUUCACACCAAAGUGUGCACUCACUCUAGCUCAGUGGAGGAUCUAGCUCUGGGUCAGUGUAUGGAGAAGGUUGGAGUUGUGGCAGGAGACUCCAGAGACACCUUACAAAGAGAGACAUUCCAUCCUUUCGGACCAGAGUCCCAUCUCACUGCCACAUUUUCUAAGACCUUCUGGUAUUGGAAAUACUGUUUUUAUCCCAUUGUGGAGGGCCCACAGUGUUGCUCGGACCUGGCUGUUUCUUUCCACUAUGUGAAUCCAUCAAACAUGUACCUGCUGGAAUAUUACACUUACCACCUGCGUGCCUUUGGUUACAAAUACCGCUAUCAGCCCGCUGAACCCAAUGUCAUACAAGACUUCAAUGCCCCAGUCCCAGGCAAAGUGGAAAUCGGAGACAUAGAGGAAAGGCUGGGGGCAAGAGCAAAGGAAGGAGAAAAGAAAUCCCCUGAACUCAAUGAAAAGCUAUAGCAGCUUUUUGCAUGGGAAUUUAAAAUCUUUCAAAAUAACUGUUUUUGGGAUGGCUUUACAUUUUUUGGAUAAUUUCUUUUUAUAUUGUGCCACAGAAAUGUGUGCAUGACACGUUUGUGUGAUUUAAUGAACUGCUACAACUUGGGAGUGCUCUUUGUUAUAAGAGCCAGAGUAUGUGGUUCUUGGGGUAUGAGUGUAGUAGCCUGCCUUAACAGUAUAAUAACAUUGGAUAAAAUUUUGGGGCAAUAAAGGAAGGCUGCAUCUGCAUACAUUAUACUUAGCAUUCAGUUUAUAUAUAUAUAUAUAUAUAUAAAUAUAUAUAUAUAUAUAUAUAUAAUAUAAAUUCUGUGUUUACUUUGCACUGUGAAAUCAUGAACACAACGCCAUGUAUGAUUUAACAGCAGUGUCGUGAGUAAAAGGGGCCUUGAUUCUUCAAUUUAUUUAUUCCAUUGAGUUUGUGCCGCUGCUCUGAUCCUGAAAAAUCAUCCACUUCCAUAUGUCCCUGGACCACAUUUGUAUUGAGCUAAGCCAAUAACUGAACAGAGCUGCUUAUAUCAAAGAUCGUAGAUGAGCAAACAUUCAAGCUCCAGCAGUGUUUCCUCUACACUGUAUACCAAAGUUGAACGUGUACAAUUUACCUUGACUAAGAUUACUUCCAUAGAAAAUUAACCAGGAUUUAGUCCUUCAAAUGACACCAGAACAGCAUAUUACCCUACUCUGAAAGGGAUUUAAGGGAUAGUUCAACCAAAAAUGAAAGUUUUCAUCAUUCAUUUAUCCUCAACUUGUUCCAAACUUGUAUUAUUUUCUUUCUACUGUUGAAAAAAAUAUAUAUUUUGAAGAAUGUGGGUAACCAAACAAUUGCAGGUAGCCAUUAACUUACACAAUAUUGAAAAAUACUAUUGAAGUCAAUGGCUACUAGUAAUUGUUUGGUUGCACACAUUCUUCAAAAUAUAUUUUGUGUUCAACAGAAGAAAGAAAUUCAUACAGGAUUGAAACAACAUAAAGAAGAGGAUGAUAAAAUUUUAAUUUUUGGCUGAACUACCCCAUCAAGAAAGUUGCAGGGAUAGUGUUGGCUGGCCCAAUAGAGAGCCUGGGAAAGAAGUAUAGAUAAGCCUGGAAGGUUUUUUUUAAUGUUAUUUUUUUUUAUUUUAAUGGGAGUUUGUAGAUGAGUGGAAUAGUGUAAAAUACUGUAAUGAAAAGCAGUUUGAGAGUUAUUGGGUUUUUCAGUCCACACAAUGCUUUAUUUAAUUGACUGGAGUGCAUCUGUGAAGGUUUUUGUUCAAGUGCAGGCAUUGUUCAAACGGUCCAUUAGAGAAUCUUCUGGCACUUGCAAGCAUUUUGUCUGUGCACUAUAUAGUGUGACACUUGGCACAGUUAUGAAGGAUUUCAAAUAAAGUUUAUUUGAAUUAAUGAACUUACUUGAAAUGAAAAUGUUUGGUUUAAUACAAACCUCUACUUUCCUUUGACCACUCCAAGCACAAUGGCACUUUAGCAUUUAUUGUAGAACUGAAUGGUUUUGAAGUGAUUCAAUCUAAUAAGCAAAUACAAAUGGCAAAAUACAGAUUAUUGUUAUUAUUAGCAAAAAUAUCUUUAUUUUAGUACCUUAAUCAAAUUGUCUACAUCUUGAAAUUGUUAAUGGAAUGAUUAUGGGUUUUGAGUCUUUAGUAACACAUAGAUGUUGUGAAUUAUGUACAACGGGAAUUCUGUGUAGUACUUCUACAGCAGUCUUUUAUUUAUAAAAGUUUGUGGGAAGCAAAUGUGUGACCAAGAAUAAUUUAAUGAGGAAUAAUAAAUUAAGACUUAUUUUACAGUAAA